AAUAACAAUAUUAAAUAACAUGUCUCAGGUAAAAAAUCAUGCUCCCGUGACUCCCAGUGUCAGGAUAUCGUUUGUAUAUUCCACCUGACAGCGGUAUCCCGGCACAACCCCUUACCAUCCCCCACCAGGUCGUCUUUACCCGUGGGAGAGCCUCCCCAAAAGCUAAUUAUUCACCAAUCGAUAUACAUCGAUGAGAGUCACUAUCUUAAAACUGCGAUACCAUUCCAUGUCGGAGGCUCGUGCGUGUCUGACCUGAAGUAGACGUUCAGGCACAUAAACAGGACUUUAUUCACCGACGAAAGUCUAAAAAUUCGUAGUGGAGUUAUUAGUACCUGGAUAAAUGAAUUAUCGGAGACCCUGGGGAUGGACAAGUACGAAAAUAUUGAAGUGGUUGGGGAGGGAAGUUAUGGAAUUGUUAUGAAGUGCAGGCAUCGGGAUACAGGACAGAUCGUCGCGAUUAAGAAGUUCCUGGAGACUGAGGAAGAUGUCCACGUCAGGAAAAUGGCGUAUCGAGAGAUUCGGAUGCUGAAGAAACUUCAGCACGAUAACCUGGUUAAGAUGAUCGAAGUAUUCAGGCGACGAAAACGUUUCUACUUGGUCUUUGAGUACCUGGAUCAUACGGUUCUCGACGAGUUGGAGGCGGCGUCGGGGGGGCUGGGCCCCCAGGUCUCCAGGCGACACAUAUUCCAAGUCGUCAGGGGUCUAAACUUCUGCCACACGAAUCACAUAAUGCACAGGGACGUGAAGCCGGAGAAUAUCUUGGUAUCACCGAAUGGAGUAAUAAAACUCUGUGAUUUUGGGUUCGCGAGAUUCGUGUCGGGGCCGAAUGAGUCUUGCACGGAUUACGUGGCCACGAGGUGGUACAGAGCCCCAGAAUUAUUAGUCGGUGAUUCGAGGUACGGAAGAUCCGUUGACGUAUGGGCUCUAGGGUGUCUUUACGCGGAAAUGGUCACUGGGGAUCCCUUAUUUCCUGGUGAGAGUGACGUCGAUCAGCUGUUCCAAAUUACCAAAGUUCUAGGUUCAUUAUGUUCUAAGCACCUCGGUAUGAUAAACCGAGGAUUCAGUGGCUUUCCAAAUCGUCUCUCAAGAAGAUCGAGUACUUCCGACGAUUUGCAUUCAUCAGUAAAUACCGUUCGUUCCCUGCGCAGUAUUUUUCCCAAGUGGUCACCACUGGCCAUCGAUUUUUUAUCCAACUGCUUGAGAAUGGAUCCAGACACUCGCCCUUCUUGCGCCAAUCUCCAACAGCAUCAGUUCUUCAAUCACGAUGGCUUUGCUGAUAAAUUUCUGAUUGAAUUGGAAAAAUACAUAAACAAAGAGAACGGAAAAAAUCUCCUCAUCUCUAGGAGACCGGAGAGAAAAACGUACACCGAAGAAACUCCGAGAAUAUGUUACGCCAGUGCGGGAAGGUGGCGAAUGCAAUUGAUUAAAGAAACCGGUAGUUUUUCCACGAAACCGGAUGUUGAAGAUGUUUUGGAGAUUCAAAAUGCGCAAAUUCUCCCGCAAUCUGAAAUUGUCAUUCCCACGCGCAGGAAAAAUCAGAGAGAAUCACUUUAUGCUACCAUCUCUGGAACACCGAACACAACGUACAUCAGGCGAUUAGAUAUUAAGGGAAGUUUACCGAUGGACACGAAGAAUUUUUCACUGCCUGCAUUACCCUCGAAGGAAAAAAAUCAUUUCAAACGCGAGAGCAAGAGGCACAAGGAUAAAUUGUACUAGCGAUAUCUCCUGUAUCGACUGUGGGAUUUCUCAUCGAAUGUUGAUAAUUGGAUGUUUAAUUUGUUGUUGCGAGCUCGGUGGAAUAAA